AUGGGACCCAGGUCUGUGUGGCUUGUUGUCUGGGGACCUGAAUCUGAGAGACCCCUCCACCAGGAGGACCUACGCAGCUCAUGGACCUUUCCAGAUAUAGAUGCAGCCUCUGGGGGGAGCUGGUCCUUGUGGCAUGGGCCCAUGUUCAGCAGUCGGGAAAGCAUGUCCAUGACAGGACUGCUGAUCAGGGGGUCUCAAUUAAGUGACACAGGGAGCUACACUGUGUGGGUAGAAGCCAGCAAUGGGACCCAGAGAGCACCUGGCUGGCCUGAGAUUCGAGAGUUGGAAAUCCCAGGCAUCUCAGUCAACAUCAGCUCCGUGGCAGAGAACAUGGAUUCCAUGGCUGCUGUCUGCCACACCAGUGCCACUAACGUCAAGUGGUAUGUAAAUUACACACAGGUGUUCAGCUAUGACCACAUGACAGUCUCCCCAGACAGCAAGACACUCAUCAUCCAAAGGGUCAGCAGCUACAACUCACCACUUCGGUGUGGGAUAGAAAUCCUCCCACAGAUUAUUGAGAGAAGUGAAGUAAUCUUUCCGACAUUGACCUAUGGUCCCUCCAGUGUGCUGAUCAGGAGUAAGCCCCGUAACUUCAAUGGCAUCCUGCCUGCUGAGAUGGGCUUCCAGGUGGAGAUGGAGUGUAUCUCCUAUUCCAGACCAGAAUUCAAGUACCAGUGGAUCCACAACGGCUUCCUCCUGAACUUCUCAGAAAAAAUUACCCUCCUGAAUCUGAUCUGGGACCAGAUGGGCAGAUACAGAUAUCAGGAAGUCCAGCUCCAGGUGCCCUGGCACAGGACUGUUUUUAGUAAAGGUUUCACCAUCUCAGGAUCCUUGCUGAUAUUUCUCAUCAUGGUGACAGCAGUGGGUGGUGUCCUCUUCUGUGCAUUCCUCAUUCAUACCCUGAUCAGACAUUACUCUACCAGGGCAAAUUGGGCUACAUGA